AUGAACUUGGCAAUAUCAUUGGGAAUCCUAAUCUGUGCCAGCCUCAUAGUAGCAUGUAAUGCAAAUUAUGGAGGUGGUGGAGGAGGAUUUGGUGGGAAAGAAGGGGGUGGAGGAGGAUAUGCCGGUGGUGGUGGUGGAAAGGAAGGGGGAUUUCACGGAGGCGGCGGACACGGGGGUGGUUUUGGUGGUGGUGGCGGAGGUGGUUGGGGUGGCGGUGGAGGUGGUGGUGGCGGAUAUGGAGGCAAAGAGAUUGGUUACGGAGGUGGGGGGGGGUUCAAAGGGGGUGGAAUCAAGGGUGGUGGAUACAGUGGAGGUGGUGGCAAAGGCUGGGGAUGGGGCGGCUGGGGAUGGUAA